CCUAGCCUAGCCGCGCGGCAGAGACGCCGAGCCCGGGGGAGCCCCGGGGGAGUUGGGCGGGUCGGAGGGGCCCAGGGGCUGUGGAAGCGGCGACAGGGCGCCACCGAGCCAGGACCCAGAUUCCCUCCAGCUGGCCACCCAGGGGGUGGAGGGAGGGGCCCGGGCGUACUUAAUUCCCAGAACACUGGCGCCGCCCGCCAGGAGUCGGGGCCUGUCGAGCGCCGCGCCAGCUCACGACCAUGCAGCCCAGCCGACCAUCGCUUUUCGCUCCCGGGCCGGGGAACCGGCCCCCUGCCACCCGGCUGCUAGCGCUUCUGCUGCUGCUCGCCCUUCAGGCGGCCGCGGCGGCGCCUGCGGGGUCCCGGACACCCGAGGACUCCGAGUGGCGCCAGGACGCGGCGCUCCCGCAGGGACUUCUGUCCCAGGCGGCGCGCGCAGCUCUGCACUUCUUCAACUUCCGAGCGGGUUCGCCCAGCGCCCUUCGAGUGCUGGCUGAGGUGCAGGAGGGCAGUGUCUGGAUUAAUCAAAGGAAGGAACGUAAAGUUGACCUGGUGUUUACAGCAGAGCUCUACAACACAGAGGAAGGUAAGGCACGUCUGGGGAAAUGUUCUGCUCAAGUAUUUUUCAGGAAUGAGAAACCCAGACCGGCUGUUAAUGUAACUUGUACUCAGCUCCUUGAGAGGAAGAAAAGACAAGAAGAGGAUUAUCAGCUCUACAGGCACAUGAAGCAACUUAACACCCCCUUGGAUGUAGUCAGCAUACCUGACAGUCAUGGACACAUUGAUCCCUCUCUGAGACCCAUCUGGGAUUUAGCUUUUCUGGGCAGCUCUUACGUGAUGUGGGAAAAGACAACGCAGUUUUUACACUACUACGUGUCACAGCUCAGCAGUGUGAAACAGUGGAAAACAAAUGAUGAUGCAAUUGAUUUUGAUUAUACUGUACUACUCCAUGAAUUCUCAACACAGGAAAUCAUUCCCUGUCGUAUUCACUUGGUCUGGUACCCUGGCAAACCUCUCAAAGUGAAGUACCACUGUCAAGAGCUACAGACACCAGAAGCCUCUGGAACUGAAGAGGGAUCAGCUGUGGCACCGAUAGAGCUCAGCAAUUUCUGAAAAAAAAGAUUUGCCUAUACCAAAUUCUGAACAAAUGACUGUACUAAAUAGCCUGAAUCAUUAUUCUAGUAAAAUUGCCAAGGUAAAAGGCAUUCUAAUAAUUUGGGAAAACCUGUGAUUAUAGAAAAAUACUCAAAAAUUUUCAAUUAGUUUGGUUUAAAUUUUUAACUCUGCUCAGUGCUAAAUAGUCACACUGCAGAUUUCUGUGUUUCAGCCCUAAAAUGUAAAACCUAGUCAAUUAGUAUGUGCUGCAGCUGGACCACUAAGUAUUUAAAAAACAUAAGGAGUUCCCAUUGUGGCACAGCAGAAACGAAUCCGACUAGUAACCAUGACUUUGUGGGUUCGAUCCCUGGCCUUGCUCAGUGGGUUAAGGAUCCGGCAUUGCUGUGAACUGUGGUAUAGGUGGCAGACAUGGCUCUGAUCCCACGUUGCUGUGGCUGUGGCGUAGGGUGGCGGCUACAACUCUUAUUCAGUCCCUAGCCUGAGAACCUCCAUAUGCUGAGGAUGUGACCCUAAAAAAGAAAAAAGAAAAAAAAAACAUAAAACAAAAUUGAUGGUCUCAUCUCUAAAUCCACAUUUCUCAAUAUUUUGAACAUAUUAUAGCCAACUGGUGUAUGUUGCUAAAUUUCUUCUACCUACUAUGUAAAAAAUAAUGUAUUUCAAUGAAAUUAAAUUGUAGGGAAAACAUUGCCUGUUUAAAAGGAAUUUUACAAUUUUUCUGUGAUUUCAAGCAAGUAUUUCUUUUUAACCUGAUAUGACUACUUUUAAAUGUUUGUUUCUAUAUAAAUACAUUAAAAUGUGUUUGUAGAGAUCUGUCUAUAUAGGCAAAAUCUGUGCUAAACUAGAAUUAAAAGAUCUUUAUUGUUCAAAUUAAAUAAAGUGCUUACAGAUGAA